AUGAUAGAUAAAUUCGUGUGUGCUGAGAUUCCGAAUCCAGAUGUAGAUACUUUACUGUACGAGAUAGUAAAGGCUAAUAUGAUACAUGGACCAUGUGGACUUUUGAACAAAAAUUCUCCGUGCAUGAAAGAAGGUGUCUGCAGCAAACGUUAUCCAGUUACGCUCAUUCAAGAAACUCAAAGAGGUGAAGAUGGCUAUCAAAAAUAUAGAAGGCGAUCAACAAACGGUGGAGGUUUCAAAGUGAGUAUUAAGUCAAUUGACUUAGAUAACAGGUGGGUUGUUCCAUAUAACCCUGUGUUAUUGCGUACUUUUAGUGCUCAUAUAAAUGUAGAAAUAACCAGUUCAAUCAAGUCUAUAAAAUAUGUAUGCAAAUAUGUCACAAAAGGUAGUGAUCAUGCAGCGUUUCGUUUAGGAAAAACUGACAAUACUGAUGAAAUAAAAAUAUAUGAAAGUGGCAGGUAUAUCAGUAGUUCCGAAGCAGCUUGGAAAAUUUUAGGUUUUCAUAUACACGAUAGGUAUCCAGCUUUUACUCAUCUUGAUGUUCACCUAGAAAAUGGACAACGUGUCUACUUCACAGCAAAUAAUGUUGCCGAAAGAAUAGAAAAUCCACCAACAACAACUGUUCAGGCUUUUUUCCAGAUAUGUCAAACCGAUAAUUUUGCAAGAACAUUGCUUUAUCCACAAGUUGUUUCGUAUUAUGUGUGGAAAAAUAAGAAUUUCGUUAGACGUAAACAAGGCCAGAAUGUCGAAGGUUGGCCAGGAGUUAAGAAAGAUACAGCUUUGGCCACAUGUAAAGCACUUGGAUUAUUAGAAGAUGACAAUCAGUGGGAUUUUGCUUUAGAAGAAGCAGCAUUAUGUCGUUCACCUAAUAAAAUUCGAGAACUUUUCAGUGUAAUAUUAAUAUUUUGCCAUCCCUCAGAUGCUUCAGUCUUUGAACUAAGAUAUUGUUUUGCAAAAGAACCCUCUUUGACUGAGGAACAGUGGUUUGUUUACAAACAAGCUUUAAAUAGUAUCAAAUUAAAUUUAGGAAAAUGUAUAUUCUUAGACGCUCCUGGCGGAACUGGUAAAACCCACUUAAUCAAUAUACUUUUGGCUAAAGUAAGAAGCUCAUAUAGGAUUGCAAUUUCAGCUGCAUCAUCAGUAAUUGCCGCUACACUUUUACAUGGAGGAAAAACUGCUCAUUCUGCUUUCAAGUUCCCACUCAAUCUGAACACUAUCGAGAUUCCAACGUGCAAUAUUAAUAAACAAUCUAAUAUGGCAAAUGUUCUAAAAAAAUGCAAGCUCAUAGUUUUGGAUGAAAGUCCAAUGUCUCAUAAGAAAGGCUUUGAGGCUUUAAACAACUGUCUGAAGGAUCUAAGGAAUUCAAAUUUAUUAAUGGGAGGAGUCACAGUACUGCUAGCUGGAGAUUUUCAACAAACUCUACCAAUCGUACCCAGAGGAACUCGAGCUAAUGAAAUCGCAGCAUGCAUCAAGUCUUCAUAUUUGUGGCCUAAAAUAGAAAAAUUUUCUUUGACCAAAAAUAUGCGAGUACAUUUAAAGGAGACAAGACUGCUGAACAGUUUUCUGAGCUACUCUUAA